ACAUCUGGUGUAAGAGGCUACUCUGACAGACGCGUCCCCACUGAAGCUCAAGCCUGCUGUCGCCUCCAAAGGAACAGUCACAGAUUAAAAAUGGAGACGUUCAGCUCAAAACACAUGGCUAUGAAGGCUCAGAAAAAGAUCCUCAGUCACAUGGCCAACAAGUCCGUGAUGCAGAUGUUCAUAGAUGACACCAGCAGCGAGAUCCUGGACGAACUCUACCGGGUGUCCAAGGAGCACACGGGGAACCGCAACGAGGCCCAGAAGGUGGUGAAGAACAUGAUAAAAGUGGCGGUCAAGGUGGGGGUACUCUUCCGCCAUGAGCGGUUCAGUGCCGACGAGCUCUCCCUGGCCCAUGAGUUCAAGAAGAAGUUUCAUCAUGGAGCGAUGACAGCCAUCAGCUUUCAAGAAGUAGAGUUCACUUUUGACAAGUCGAUCAUGAUAGACAACUUGGUCAUAUGUCGGGACAUACUAUUGCAGUUGGUUGAGAAGCACCUCACACCAAAAUCCCUGGAUCGCAUCCGCCAUGUCUUCAACCACUACGCUGACCCGGAUCUACUGACCAACCUCUACGAUCACGAGGGAUCACUGUGGCCACACCUGACAAAGAUCUGUGGAGGCCUCAAUAAACUGAUCGAAGAGGGCAAGCUCUGAGCGACAGGCCCUUUGUCGAAGAACCUGACCAAUCUGACAGUUACAGCAUCACAGAUGAACAGGGAAACAGGGUGUUGGCACUUGAGUUCAAGAGCCCACUACGCUGACACCUCAGCUGAAACCAUUUCCAACGUUUAGCCUGUAUUGAUGAGCGAGAGGUAAUUCCCACUCAGAUCAGCGCAGCUAGUGUGGAGAAAUGUCAAGGCAGUGAUCAAAGUCUGACUGUGGGAAGGGUGUGUACUGUACAGAGCGAUAACAUGCAAGUAUCUUGAAAAUGCUCGUCAAAUCCAUAUGGCCACAAGUGCUGGAAUGCUGAAGCCUACCCAUUAAGAACUAACGGCCAUGACAUUCUGGAACUGCCUCUGUGAAUUUAUCAGAGUUUACUGUAAAGGACUUGUACAUUGUAGAUUGGAUUAUAAUCUGUAAGAUUACGGAGUCACUCCCUCCUUAACACAGUGUAAUGCAGUCAUGUGUGUGUCAGUUCUACUGCCACUUUCAAUACACAGUAUCCAUGUCUUCUUUCUUUUACAACCAUGCAUAAUCAGUUUUACAUUGCAAAUGCUGUUCAGCUGUUUUCAUUUAUUUAAAGUUUACCUAUCAUGUUUUUAUGUUUUGUUUAGCCCAAAAUGAUGCACUGUUUAGCUAUCUCAUAGCUCGUAAAUGAAACAUAAAUUGGUUGAUACCUGCAAUGUGAAUGACAUUUUCUCUUUAUCUAAAUCAGUGUUUCUCAAAGUGUGGUCCGGGGACCACUGGUGGUCUGCAAGCUAGCCCAAGUGGUCUGUGAGCAGAC